AAGUGCCCGAUGCAGCAUUUAAAAUCUGUAACCGUCUGUACUCUGUACUUAAUGUACCUACUGUCUAUAGUUUUUAAAUUCAUGUCAAACGUGUUGAUUGUUUAAAGUCACUAUAUUAAGUUUUUGGAGACCGCGGACAUUAUUUUUGCUUUUGGUUCGUAUCUCAGUGGCGGAGUAAAAUUAACGGAUCCACGUUCAAACGUUAAUUAAUACGAUUAAAAUAAUGGCAACUCUUGAAAAAUUGAUGUUGGACAAAAUUCUUUUGAAGAUGAAAAGGUUUAACAUGAAUGAACUUCAACAGCUAUGUAAAAUCUUACAUCUGAACCUGGAAUGGAAAGAUAUUAUCAACCUAGUAACUGAAUGUCGUAUGCGUUUGAGUGUUGCAAACGUUGUAUCAGUAGUACAUCAGCAUUUAAAAGAUAGUGAGUUUAUUGAAGAAACAUAUCAUCGAGUAAUGUUAGUGGACACCAUAUUCCAUCAAAAUAGUCAGUGGUGGACAGUGACUAUUGAUAAAGUUAACAAACAGUUGUUAGACAAGGAAAUAAUAAGAAAUAAUAUUGAGGCAAUGUUAAAUAAAUUGAAUAUUAAAGCAAUUACAUAUGUUAUGAAGUGUAAUAAGUUGUUUUGGGUGUUAAUAGACGUUAAUAAAACGAAAAGAAAAAAAAUCGCCUCAAAAUUAAACAAUCUAUAUUUUUUUACCAUAGCUCCAGGAAAAGUGUUUCAUGUAUUUUACAAACCUCAAAAUAUUGAAAAUAGACUGUUGAACAUCGUCAUAAAAUCAGUUGGAGCCAGUAAAUAUAAGCCAUAUUCACUAUCAGGUAAACAUUUGCAGUCAAUGGUAAAUUUGUUGGAAGAUAAAAAUAGAAAUAAUGAAAAAAAUAUGGAAGUGCCAGUAUUGGUUAACAAUCACAAAGAGGAAGAUGUUCAAGAAUAUGUUCAACAAUUAUUUGGAGAAAAAUGCCGGGUACUUAACCAGUUUACAAUAAACGUGGAGAGUGAUUUAUCAGUGUUCAGUAAUAAUAAUCCAGCUGGUAAGAUGUGCAAAACUAAAGUGGUUCUGAAAGGAGACAGUAUAAUUGAUGGUGUUAAGGACAUGAUGUUGUCAGGUAUAUUGCAACCACCAUAUCCAGAUUGGGCAACAAGGCUACCGGUGUUGGGUAAAAAUUGUGUAAAUAUUAAUAUACGCCCUUAAAUGAAUGUAAUUAACAAAUUUUAGUUUUAAUUGUAUUUAAACAUUUUACUUUGUUAAUGUAUUUGUAGUUUUAUUUUUUUUUUAUAUGAUUUAGUCUAAACAUUCAAAAUGAUUACCUUGAAAGUUUAAAAUAAUUGUUUUUAUUUUUUAAGACUACAUAAACUUUUUUUAACAUA